AUGGCGCCUAAUGUCAACUACUCAUUACCCGAAACCCAACCCCAUUGUCCCGAACAGGGCCCGAAACUCGUGAUAGCUGGCGCGUCCAGGCUGUCGGGCCAUGUCCACAUCAGCGGAUCCAAGAACUCGGCCCUGUCGAUACUAGCGGCCACACUCUGCUGCACGGGCCGAUCCAAGCUCAACAAUGUGCCCAAUGUGUCCGAUAUUAGGGCCAUGGCCUCCAUAUUGGCCUCCGUGGGGGCCCGGGUCGAGUUUUCCGGCAACCAGGUGGUGGUGGAUGCGGGCCGGGCCCGGUCGACAGAGCCCGACCCGGCACUCAUGGGCGAGAUCAGGGGUGGGUUCUUUAUACUCGGGCCGCUGCUGGCCCGGUUCGGGGAAGCGGUUGUUGGGCUUCCGGGCGGCUGCAAUAUUGGGGCCCGGCCCGUUGAUAUCUAUGUCAGCGGGCUUCGGGCUCUUGGGGCUUAUGUUGAAGUGAGAGAUACGAAAGUGGUUGCACGUGCAGCCAAUGGAAAAAAUCUCACCGGUGGUGAAUUCCGGCUCGAUUACCCUAGCGUCGGAGCUACUCAAACUCUGAUGAUGGCUGCAUGCAUGGCUACAGGAACUACUCUGCUCUCAAAUGUUGCCAAAGAACCUGAAAUAGUCGAUCUCGCUCGCUUCCUAACGAAAGCAGGGGCACAUAUACAAGGUUCCGGCACGAACACGAUUCGUGUUUAUGGAACUAAUCGGUUACAAGGCUCGGAGCACGACAUAACGCCCGAUAGAAUCGAGAUGGGCACUUUCAUGCUUGCAGCCGCCAUCACCCGGUCGAGCAUCUCCAUGUCACCGGCUGCCGAUCCUCGCUCGUUGUCAUGCUUGAUCGACAAGCUAUCGCGUGUUGGGUGCAAAAUCGCGUACGAGCACAAUGUGCUCAAGGUAUGUGCAGAGGAGCUAUUAGUUGGUUUUGAUCUAAAAACCGAGCCAUACCCGGGAUUCCCGACCGAUCUCCAGCCUCAGACGAUGGCGUUGCUUGCCACGUGUUGCGGUUCGAGCAUUGUGGAAGAAUCAGUAUUCGAAAACCGAAUGAGUCAUGUGAAAGAAUUGCAGAAACUUGGUGCUAAAAUUGAGGUCCAUGAAAGUCAUGCAUUUGUUCAUGGAAUAGAGGCAAGCAACAAGCUACGAGGCGGUCGGGUUGUUGCGGGUGACUUAAGAGGAGGCGCAGCUUUAGUUUUAGCUGGAUUAGCAGCUGAAGGAGUCACUGAAGUUUACGGGAUUUCACAUAUUGAGAGGGGCUAUGAGGAUUUUCACAAGAAACUUCAACUUUUAGGUGCUGAUAUUAAGAGAAUUGAUUGCUCUAAAUUCACCAACUUUCGUGUGUGA